AUGAGUGCCAGCUUAAGAGAUCAGAUCGCUGAGAAAUACGCCAAAGGUGUUGAAUCUGGAGAUGUGCAUUUCACGCAAUCUGCAAGCAAAAAAGUGAAGGAUACAGAGUCUGGAUUUCAAUAUGUGGUCACUCACGCCCCCAGCCUUCUCAAGAAACCAGAACGUGCUGACGCAGAGGCCUCGAAACGCGAUCCCUUCGCUGAGCCCGAACCUAAGUUGACCGUGAGCGAAGACUUGUACGGGUUGGGCAAGUACAAGCUACUCUUGAACAAAUUCCCAGUGGUUGCCGAGCAUCUGUUGCUUGUGACCCGCGAUUUCAAGCCACAGACAGCGCCUUUGGACCCACAAGACCUUUUGACCACGUACCGUCUUUUGCAAGACUUGGACGACGAGGACGAGCAACUAAGACACCUCGCCUUCUACAACUGCGGCAAGACCUCGGGGUCUUCUCAGGACCACAAGCAUCUCCAGUUGCUCAAAUGGCCUCAAAAAUUCGUGGCUUUCCAGGAUCGUCUUUGCAGUGGCAAAGACCAUUUCGUUCCAAACGUGCGCUCCGAGCCCUUGCAGGACAAAAAGCUCUCGUUUGCCCACUUUGUUGUGCCGUUGCCGGAAGAUCCCGAAGACGUUACAGAGGACCUACUUGCCAUGACUUUCGUGUCACUACUGCAAAGAACGCUGACAUUUUUCCAAGACUGGUCCAACGAACGUCCAAACAUGGAGACCGGGUACAACGUGCUCAUGACCCGCCAGUGGCUAUGUCUCGUGCCCCGUUCUCACUCAAAGAGUUCAGAGCUAGACAUCGGUUUCAACGCUACUGGCUACGCAGGACUCGUGCUCGUUAAGCACGAAGAAGUCUGGAAUAAGAUUUUGCAAGAGCCUCAAGUGGUCAACCGUCUAAUGCUGGAAUGUGGGUUCCCAAACACUUCUGGCACUUCUGCGAACGAGUACCACUAUUAA